GUUCACCAAGCCGUGUGGAGGAAAGCCCCUUUUGAAAUCUCUCUCGUUUCGCUAAAGGAGCCCCCACCGCCGAGGACUUCUCCAGAGAAGACUGCAGAGCAGUUCGCCUUCCCCGGCUGGAGAUCCAAGGGCGUCCAGCUGCCGAUCGUGGGAUCUCCACCUCGGGACUGCAAUGAGAUUUGAAGAGCUCAAGGCAAAAUCUUCUGGGCUCCUCACACUCCAGUCACAGGAAAAGAUCUAAAUCUGUUUCAUGAAGACUGCGGAUUGGUUGAUUGUCAAGAUGAUCGCCUGGUGGAAAACCUGUGUCUUGGCAGCCAUUUUUCUUCCUGUGGCUACUCCGAUGCAUUCAGACUGUUUCAUCAGGAAGGAGCAAGAGGCCUGCUUGGAGACCAUACGGAAGCUGAACGCCCUAAUGCCACUGAACGAAUCGGCUCCAGGAUGCCCAGGGAUGUGGGAUAACAUUACCUGUUGGAAGCCUGCCUUCGUCGGCGAGGUCGUCUUCGUCAAAUGCCCAGCACUCUUCACAAUGGUGAACUUCGAUGACGGCUGGGAUGUGAAUAGCUUGGCCUACGCACAACCAGGUGACCUCGAGCUCCUGGACAAUGCAGACGAAAUUCUAGGUGGAUCUGCAGAUUUAAAGGUUGUCGGUAGGAACUGCACUGAGGACGGCUGGUCAGAAUCUUUCCCCCAUUAUUAUGAUGCCUGCGGGUUCGAUGAGAAUGACACCAUGGGAGAUUAUAACCAGGAUUACUACUACCUCUCGGUAAAGGCUCUGUACACAGUGGGCUACAGCACUUCCCUUGUGUCGCUCACCACUGCGAUGGUGAUCCUGUGCCGUUUCAGGAAACUGCACUGCACACGGAACUUCAUUCACAUGAAUCUCUUUGUCUCGUUCAUCCUGCGAGCCAUUUCGGUCUUCAUCAAGGAUGGAGUUCUGUACGCUGAACAGGACAGCAACCAUUGCUUUGUCUCAACGGUGGAAUGCAAGGCCGUGAUGGUCUUUUUCCACUACUGCGUCAUGUCCAACUAUUUCUGGCUCUUCAUCGAGGGGCUGUACCUUUUCACCUUGCUGGUGGAGACUUUCUUUCCAGAGAGGAGAUACUUCUACUGGUACACCAUCAUCGGCUGGGGAACUCCUACCAUUUGCGUCACCAUCUGGGCUGUCCUCAGACUUCACUUUGAUGACGUUGGCUGCUGGGACAUGAACGACAACACAGCCUUGUGGUGGGUGAUCAAAGGCCCUGUGAUUGCAUCAAUAAUGAUCAACUUUUUGCUUUUCGUGGGCAUCAUCAUCAUCCUAGUCCAGAAGCUCCAGUCACCUGAUAUCGGGGGCAACGAAUCCAGCAUUUACUUCUUCAUGGUGGAAAGAGACGAGAAACAUGGCAUAUCCCAUCGCAGCUGCGUUCAGAAAUGCUACUGUAAAUCCAGCAGGGCUAAUCAACACGCUUGCAGGAUGUCAGAACUGUCCACCAUUACCUUGAGACUGGCUCGGUCCACCUUGCUACUUAUUCCACUGUUUGGGAUUCAUUACACAGUGUUUGCCUUCUAUCCAGAGAAUGUCAGCAAGAGGGAGAGGCUGGUCUUUGAACUGGGACUGGGAUCUUUCCAGGGCUUCGUGGUUGCUGUACUCUACUGCUUCUUGAAUGGGGAGUUUCUCCCUAAAGGUGCAAUCGGAAAUAAAGAGGAAAUGGAGGAGCUGGAAAGUCAACCGGUACUUUGCUGUGGAUUUCAAACAUCGCCACCCCUCCCUAGCAAGCAGCGGUGUGAACGGGGGGACGCAGCUGUCGAUUCUGAGCAAGAGCAGCUCACAGAUCCGAAUGUCGAGCAUAAAUGCGGAGAACCUGGCGACAUGAACGCAUAGGCCGUCUUCCUUCCCCUCCCCCAAAGGGGCAGGGGGGGAGAGAAGAAGAAAAAGCUCCUUUGGGAAACAAAACAACGUCAACAACAAAAAGGUCAUAAUUAAUUUUGGUGGUGUGGGGUGGUUGUGUCUGUCUCUGUGUUUUGUUUU